CUUAUGGGCUGAGCUCGAUCCUUUCUCCGACUUCCUUGGUUUUGACGCCGCCACGGUCACCGCCAACAACUCCAACAACAAGGAUCAGCCACCAAUUCCUCAAAUCCCAGAUAACAACAACAACAACAACAAAGUGGUAGCAUGUGACAAGGUACUAGGAAAGGAAAAAACGGUUGUUGGUGGUGGCGCAGAAGAUAAGAAGACGAAAGGUCCCAAUCCACGUCAGAGGGUCCGUAAGAACGUCUACAGAGGAAUCAGACAGAGGCCCUGGGGCAAGUGGGCUGCAGAGAUAAGGGACCCACACAAAGGAGUCCGUGUCUGGCUCGGCACGUUCAACACUGCCGAAGAGGCCGCUAGAGCCUACGACGACGCUGCCAGACGCAUCCGCGGCAACAAAGCCAAGCUCAAUUUUCCGGAUGCUUCUGAGGACAACGUCGUGGUAGCCCCUCCAUUGGCCAAGAAGCAGUGUCUUGGCAAUGAGAUGCUGUCUCAGGUCGAAAUUCAGUCACUUGUGCCACCACUUAUCUCUACCGUGCAAACUGGCAGCGACAAUGGAAGCAUAGAGGGAUUGGAUUCUGACCUAUCACAGCAGAUCUCGGAUCUUGAAUGGUUUCUCGGAUCGGAGAAUGAGCAACCGUUGCAAAUAGGUGGUGAUGCCGUUUGGAACGACGUUAACAACUACAACGAUAACAACAAUAAUAUGGACCUGUGGAUGCUGGACGACGUCGUUAUGCCCAACCGUUACAUGGUGUAAUAAGAAAUUAAUGGAAAUUUUUGGGGCAAAAUGGUCAGAUGCAAAAUGCAACACCAGAAGUGCUGCAUGGAUUUUACUAAAGCUUAUUUAUUAGUAGUAGUAUUUCGUAGCUUCUUAAAGUGGAGAUUAUUGUAUAAAACUAUGUGAAAAUUGUGUUCGUUGAUUUUC